UAAUCCAUUAUAUUCUUACAAUCUCACUUUUCCCCAUCAUUAACUGUAUCAUUUUCCUCUUCUUCUUCUUCUUCCUCUUCUUCUUCUUCUUCUUCUUCUUCUCAGAGAGAGAGAAAAUUAAUGGUUGUAUUACUGAACUUUUUGCUGUGGAUGAUGGACUCAUUAGAAUUAUGAGAGCUGGAAAUAACUCGCCAUUGAUGAUGUUUGGCGCGCGCGUGAUCGGUUUCUGGAAGAUGAUGGAAAGCAAUCCUCCAUGGAAGCUGCUCUUCCUCUUCUUAAUAUUCAGGCUGCUUCUCUGCUUCGGAUCCUGAUUUUCUCUUCAUGUAUUUUUUCUCGAAUCCAUAGAUACAUAGAUGUGAAUGAAUCCAGUUAUUAAAUCUCAGCCAUGGCGGAUGGCGCCUUGUCACCUAAUAUCUCCGACAGCGCCAUAGAUUUCGAUCUCAUACACGAACUCUUCCUCGAUGGAUUCUGGUUAGAGGCCAAUAGCUAUCAACAACAACAUCAUCGUCAACCUCAACAACAACAAGAAUAUUUCUCUAAACCAAUUUUCUUUCCACAUCCAACAAUGGAUGAAAGUCUCUCCAGCCAUGGAAACUGCGUGAAGCAGAGGCUGGCGCAAGCCAUCAAUUUCCUCAAAGAGUCGAUGCGAGACGAGGAUGUCCUCGUGCAGAUCUGGAUUCCGGUGAAGAAGCAAGGGCGGCAGGUGCUGACGGCGAGCAACCAGCCGUUUUCGCUGCACCCGAGCUGCAAGGAUCUGGCGAGCUACAGGGAUGCCUGCCUGAGCUAUCACCUGGUGGCGGACGACGACGACGACGAGUUGGUCGGCUUGCUCGGCCGCGUGUUCCUCCGGAGGCUGCCCGAGUGGACCCCGGACGUGCGAUUCUUCCGGAGGGAGGAGUAUCCGCGCGUCGGCCACGCGCAGAAAUGCAACGUGAGGGCCUCCCUCGCCCUCCCGUUGCUCGAGCACGGCGGCGGCGGCGCUUGCCUGGGGGUGCUCGAGCUCGUCUCGACUCAUCGGAAGCUCGACUUCCACCCCGAGCUCCACAACGUCUGCAAGGCUCUCGAGGCAGUUGAUUUGAAGAGUUCCAACAUUGUGAGUUCUUACAAUGUGGAGGAGCGCGACGGCUCCUACCGAGGCGCUCUGGCGGAGAUCCGGGGCGCUAUGAGGUUCGCCUGCAGCGCGUACAAGCUGCCCCUGGCGCAGGUGUGGGCGUCGUGUCUCCACCAGGGCAGGGGCGGCUGCAGGCAUUCCGAUGAGAACUAUGCGCGCUGUGUCUCAACCAUCGACUCAGCCUGCUGCGUUGCUGAUGCACGAGCCCGUGGCUUCCACGAGGCGUGCUCACAGCACCACCUGCUGAGGGGCGAGGGCGUUCCUGGGAAGGCGUUCCUCACGAACCAGCCGUGCUUCGCUGAGGACAUAACGGCCUUCAGCAAAACAGAGUAUCCCCUGUCACAUCAUGCCAGGGUGUUUGAUCUGUGUGCCUCUGCAGCCAUACGCCUGCGAAGCGUGUGCAACGAGGCAACUGAUUUCGUCUUGGAGUUCUUCCUGCCACCGGAUUGCAGAGGUGCUCGAGAUCAGAUGCUGAUGCUCCACUCCCUCUCCUCUGUUAUACAAGAGAUGUGCCAGAGCUUGAGAGUGAUCACAGAUGAAGAGCUGCUUCAAGAAACCUCUGCUGCUAAGUUAGAUGAAGGAGGUUCUGUUCCUUUGGAAAUUCAGCAGGAUUCUGGGCCAAGAACAAGUAAUGAGUCCUUGAGCUUUGGGAAUCACUCUAAAAAACGCGAAAGGAAGCAUAAACGGAGCGAGAAGGCGAUCAGCUUGGAAGUUCUUAGGCAGCAUUUUGCUGGGAGCUUAAAAGAAGCAGCCAAAAGCAUUGGAGUUUGCCCAACUACCUUGAAAAGAGUAUGCAGACGUCAUGGGAUCACGCGGUGGCCUUCACGAAAGAUCAAGAAAGUAGGCCACUCGUUGAGGAAGCUUCAGCUCGUGAUUGAUUCGGUCCAGGAUGGUGAGGGUCCCAUUCAACUCAGUUCCUUCUACAACAACUUCCCACAUCUUGUGUCACCAAAUGUAGCCGGAGCUAGCAACCCCUCGUCGGCUUCAAAGGCGAGCACCGGUGAUUUUGAGCAGGGGAAGAGCCCAGCUGAGGGGAACUUGUUGCCUGAUGCCACCACUUCCUCCUCCUCUGGCAGUCACACCUCAAGUUCCAGCUACUGUUGUUCCACCGGUGUGAAGCAGUCAUCUUUCCCCGUCAAUGGCUCCAGCCGCGUGGAUGCUUUACCCAAUGGAGGGGUGCUGAAGAAAGCAAGGAGUGAUGCGGAGUUGCAUGGGAAAGGCAAGGAGAAGACUAAGCCUAUGAUAAGAUCAUACAGCCACAGGCUUCUGAGUGAAGGCCCUGCUGCUGUUGGAGCUUCGCCCGUGCCAAUGAAUGGAAACCGAGCAAAUCAUGAGGGCGCUUUUAGAGCAAGAGUUGCCUUUGGGGAAGAGAAGAUCCGGCUUAGCCUGCAGCCGCACUGGGACUUCAAGCAUCUACGCGAAGAGAUCUUUGCGCGUUUCAGCAUAGACAAUGUGGCUGGUGUUAGCUUGAAGUAUCUUGAUGAUGAUGCAGAGUGGGUGCUUCUGACUUGUGAUGAUGAUCUUGAGGAAUGCAGGGAUAUACACAGAUCUUCGAAGAGCCCGACGAUUAAACUGUCUGUGAAUCAUCCCAAUCUUGGAAGCUCAUUUGGUAGUGAUGGGGUAUACUAGAGUGGCUUUUGCCAUCAAAUUCUAUUUGAUGUGUUGUUGAUGAAGUGAAGGCCAUAUGUUUGUUUGUUUUUCUUCUUUUUUUUUGCUUCUUUGCAAUAUGUAAAGGCUAAGUAUACCACAAUAUGUGCAGUAUGUUAUAAACAGGACAAAAAUAAAGGCUUCUUUCCUUUUACAA